AUGCUUGUAAAGAACUUAUUACCUAUAAUAAGCUUGUAUAACCUCUCUAGUAAUAGACCUCGAAAGAAGACCCCCAUCGUGAAGCCCACCCGGCGCGCUGGCACUCGAAGUAGCGCACGACUGCAACAUAUCCAACCACCUCCCACCCCUCUUGCACCCACUUCUCGGCCGGCCCGCACCAAAUGGAAGCGCCCACAAGAAGACUCUGAAGCCGAAGCCGACGAGCCAGAAGGCGUGCGCCCUUCAGAAGAGCCCAAAGAACUCUCUCCCUCCUUCUUUGCAGCCACGUAUCAAAUGUAUUUUCCAUUUCUCACCAGCGAGGUGAAGUGCGGAGACGGCGAACUCGAUGUUGCUGAUCGACAGAAUGCUUACGCUCAGUCUGUCAUCUUACGCUGUCUGCACUCACUUUUCCAGCUAGUUGACCGAGAGAAUGAACUGCAUCGGGAGAUUAAUGGCUUUUUAAUAUCUCAUAACGACGAGGAUGUGAGAAUCUGGGGCCACUACGUCGUUAUUGAUGGAAAAGAUGUCAAGUUUUACCGGCAUUUGAUCUCGAAGUUUAUUUUCGCGCUAUCUGGGGAAGGGGAUCAGAGGUGGAAAGCCUACAAGUUCGUCAGAAAUGUUUACGACUUGUGGCUUCCCAAGCACUUUGAGAGAAUAUGCUUCGUCAUCGACAUGCUACCGGCUGAUUUGAACUCUGAUGUCUCCGAGCAGGAUCUGGCCUCUUCACGCUUAGGACUGUCCCAACAACUUGAAGAUUACAGCUUCGUCGAUGAAGGAAUAAUACCGAAUAGCCGUAAAUCAUCGCCACAAAGGGGUUUAUUCAGCAAAUUCUCAACACUUUUGAAGUCUAAGUGUUGCAGCGCUGCCUUGGAUCGUUCCCAUAAGCCUCUCUGGAUGAAAGAGGACAAGCGCCGCCUCGAAUCGGCAGUCCUUUAA